CUGUCCGGCCGAGAGCGGCCAUUGUCGCCUGAGGCGAGGCCAGGUGUGGCGCCCGCCGCUCCGCUCAGGUGAGGCAAAGGAGGCGUGGCUUAGCGCUCCGCCUUGCGGGCUUCUCCCUGCAGGACGGGUCGGGCAGCGCAGAGACUUUGCAGUUCGCUCGAGGCAGCAGCGAGGAGGCGAGAGACACGAUGGGACGGGGAAGGCGACUCGACAUGUAUUAUCUGACUUUUUAUUCCUUUACCGUUUGCAAACUGGGAAAUUUAACUUGCAAGUAGUCAAGACACAUGGAUUAGAAUAUGAAGAGAAACAAGACAUUCAAUCUUGACAUUUUGUUUUGCUGUGUCUGAAGAACUAAACAAGGAAGAUGUGUUUACUUUCCCUGUGAACCAAAUAACCACUGGAGAAUUUAAUUAUGAUGAUGUGCUGAAGCCUGAAAUAUCUGGGAAAAUGGGGGUCUUUGCACUUGUUCUGACCUGGAGUCUAAUUUUGGGUUUUAUACAUGGGCACAGCUUAUUCACUUGUGAACCCAUCAACAUCCCAAGAUGUUCUAGAAUGGCCUAUAAUAUGACCUAUUUUCCCAAUAUAAUGGACCAUUAUGACCAGGACAUGGCAGCACUCCGUAUGGAGCCAUUUCUUCCUCUUCUAAAUAUCGAGUGUUCACCAGAUGUCCGGACAUUUCUGUGCAAAGCAUUUGUGCCUGCCUGUGUGGAACCAAUGCGUGUGAUUCAACCAUGCCGAAGUCUUUGUGAAAGAGUGUACUCUGACUGUAAACAACUGAUUGACACUUUUGGAAUCACAUGGCCCAAGGAGCUUGAAUGCAACAGGUUGGAAGAUUGUGAUGAAGCUGCUUCUGUCACAGCUUCUUUAACCACAAGAGCUCAUGACACUCAGAAGACACCAGGAUGGCCUAGAAGGAACUAUGGAUUUUAUUGUCCACGCCACCUGCAGACCUCCAGUAGUCAAGGCUACAAGUUUUUGGACAUCGAUCAGUGUGCACCUCCGUGCCCCAACAUGUACUUCAAUAACCAUGAGCUCGACGUUGCCAAAAGCUUCAUUGGGAUUGUUUCAAUCUUUUGCCUCUGUGCAACUUUGUUCACAUUCCUGACAUUUUUGAUUGAUGUUAAACGGUUCAGGUACCCAGAGAGGCCAAUCAUAUAUUACUCUGUUUGUUACAGCAUAGUCUCUCUCAUGUACUUCCUUGGAUUUGUCCUGGGAAACAGAACAGCCUGUAAUAAGGUAGAUGAAAAACUACAGCUUGGUGAAACAGUAGUUCUUGGUUCCCAAAACAAAGGCUGCACAAUUGUUUUUAUGGCUCUGUAUUUUUUCACAAUGGCAGGAACUGUAUGGUGGGUGAUCCUCACAGUUACUUGGUUCCUAGCAGCUGGACGAAAAUGGAGCUGUGAAGCUAUUGAACAAAAAGCCAUGUGGUUUCAUGCAGUUGCCUGGGGCAUGCCUGGUUUUCUCACAGUUAUGCUUCUUGCCAUGAACAAAGUGGAAGGUGACAACAUUAGUGGUGUUUGCUUUGUUGGUCUCUAUGACUUAGAUGCUUCUCGAUAUUUUGUCCUUUUGCCCUUGUGCCUUUGUGUCUUUGUGGGUUUGUCUCUUCUUUUAGCAGGCAUAAUCUCUCUCAAUCAUGUCCGUCAAGUCAUACAGAAUGAUGGCAGGAAUCAAGAAAAAUUGAAGAAAUUCAUGAUUCGAAUUGGUGUCUUCAGUGGCUUAUACCUGGUACCUCUAGUGAUGCUCUUGGGAUGUUACAUCUAUGAGCAGGUGUAUAGGAGAAUCUGGGAAAUCACAUGGGUCUAUGAUCAUUGUGAUGAGUUCCAUAUACCCUGCCCAUAUCAGGUCAAGAUACUAGCAAGACCAGAAAUAAUAUUGUUUCUAAUGAAAUACCUGAUGACUUUAAUUGUUGGCAUCUCUCCAGUUUUCUGGGUGGGAAGUAAAAAGACCUGUUCUGAAUGGGCAAAUUUCUUCAACAGAAAUCGCAAAAGAGAUCCAAUCAGCGAGAGCCGGAGAGUAUUGCAAGAGUCAUGCGAAUUUUUUUUAAAGCACAAUUCUAAAGCAAAGCACAAAAAGAAGCACUACAAAUCCAGUUCCCACAAACUGAAAGUGAUUUCAAAGUCAAUGGGCACUAGCACAGGAGUCUCAACCAACCAUGGGACUUCUGCAGUUGCAAUCACGAACCAUGAUUACUUAAGCCAGGAGACUUUAACUGAGAUCAGGAGUUGUCCAGAAACAUCUGAGAGGGAGAUGGAAGCAGAUGGAACGCCCAGUCCGAAAGUGGAAGAAGAAGAUUUCACAUGCAGUGAACAGAGUGCAUCACAAAAGCUAUCCAGCCCUAAAGUGCCUUUGGAACAGCUGGGAAAGAGCAAGGAAGCAGACAUUCAGGAUAUUGUCAGCCUAUCUGAGAACCCAAGAAGGGUGACUGAAGGAAGGGCAACUCCUAAAAGUGACAUUGUUGAAACUGUUCCACUCCACAUCAGUCAUCCGCACCUUGAUGGUUCUCAGCCAGGAAGCACCAAGGGGUCAGGCUUCCUAUUUGCCCAUUCCUCUUCAGACUCAAGGAAAGCCCAGGAGUCUGGUCAUAGUUCAAAUGCUUGACAAUGAAAACAUGUUAAGUGAGUAACUCCAAGCCUUGCGACAAAUAGGUUCUAUGUUAUGCUGGAAAUGACUGUUGCAUUGUGUUUGGUAAGUCAGCACUUAUGCCCUUGCUCGUAUUUUAGGCAAACUAAAAUGUUCUUUGAGGCUGCUCAGUAGUAUCUUUAUGUUCUGACUCCAAAACUGUACUAUUCAGAUGGUUUAAGUGGGGGAAAGUAAUAUGUAAACUACGACUUAUAGGUUUUAUGUCAAAUCAACAUAAAAGUUGAUGGGGUAGGGAAAGAUAGAAAUUUUGAAAGGUAUCAGGGAAAACAUUAUAGAUUCAACCUCCUAUUAGCAGUGCUAUUCACUAUUAAAAACAUGAGUAGCGAUGUGUGGCCCCCCAGAUGUUGUUGGUCAGGGUUGAUGGGAGUUGUAGUCCAAAAACUCUGUAGGGCCACACAUUAUACAUUCCAUGUUUAAACUAUCAUAAAUAGCUACUGCAGGAAAAAGAAGUUAUACUUUUUAUGGGAAGUGAUUAAGUUGGUGUGCCCUUAGAAAAUCAGGGCAGAACUGUUCUUUGAGAAGUGGCUUAAGUAGAGGCUUGAGCUCCUCCAUUUGAAACAUAAGCCUCUGCCUGCCUCUGCCCACCUUAUUAGCCACCUCUGUUUGCUUGCCAGGGAAUCCCUUGCCCUUCCUUACUGUCCAGUAAGGCUAAUAGUACACUAACCCAGAAGAAUAUUGGAGACCUCCUUCUUUUCUGGUGAAUUUCUCUGACUUGGUAGCCCUGUAGUCUUGACUAGGAAGGCUGCAGUCUUGAAAGGAUUAAAAAUACAUUUAAUAAUAAAUGAAAAUUGUAGUAAAGGCACUGGGUAGAUGUUGCAUGCAUUUGUACUAGGUCUCAGUCCUAGUGCCUGCUUUAGUAGACAAGUUACUAUCUUGAAAUCCCUAGUGGGUUUGGGCCAUUAGGAACAUGCCUGAUCCUGCCUAAUCUUGGCAGCUAAGCAGGGUCAGGCCUGGUUAGAAUCUGGAUGGGUGACUUGAGUGUAUAAUGCUAUGUUUAUUGUUGUAAACUGCUCAAAGAGCUUCAGCUAUAGGUCAUAUAGAAAUGUUAAUAUUUUAUGGUAGUUAUACACUGAAAUACAAAGGGGCUGAAAUUAAAAGCAAUAUAAAGCAGCUACUUUUACAAAAGUUUAGUACAGAACUACUGUUCUUUUUAACUACUGGAUGCUUGAUACAGACUUCUGAAAUCUUUCAGCUGUUUUGCUAAAAUGUUACAGGGGAGCAGGGAAUGAAUAAUGGCUCAGAUAUUACAGGCAACAACUUCAGCAUUAAGCAGGCUGCUACAUUUCAAAAGUUGGUUUUGAAGGCAAGGUAACAAUAAUUUAUGGUCUAUUUGAUGAUUUUUCCAUAAAUGGGCAAUGACCCAUGUCCCCUUUUUUUGCUUCCUCAUGCCCACAUAGAAAUAGACAUCAGAGAGACAACAUACAACCUGCACUACCUAUGAAGUUAGCUUUUGGGGGUUUCUUCUUAGUUUUGAGGACCUAAGCUUUAAUUUCUUAUAACAGUAUUUUAUAUUUCCUAUGGAUAGAUGGGUUAGCUUAGAAAAUGGUAAGUGAAAUUGCCCUCCUCCCUGCCCCCAGAAUUCUUGACCGUUGCAUUUUAUAAACUUCAGAUUGCAUUUUUUUGAACCCAUGUGUUUUAAAUCAGCUUUGAAGAAUCAACAGAUCAGCUACAGCUGUCUGGUUCCAGUUUGGUAUAGAUGCACUUUUCUUCAUAUUUAUAGCCCUUAUUCCAGCUCUAAAGUAACCACUAUGUUGCUCAAACAUUGUUCUAGAUUAUGCAAGUGAAGAAGCCAUUGAGAAGACUGUCUCAUUGUCUGUCAUCCUUAGUAGCUGGAAUUACAUGCAGUUGGUCCCGUGAUUCCCUACUGUCCCUUCUCAGCUUGCAGUCCAUUCCUAGGCUCUGGAGGCAGCACCUAUUUGUUUCGGGUACCCUUGCAACUGAAUUAGGGCACCUAAUUAGGGUACCUGAAUUGAAUUAGGGCCUACUCUAAUUCCCCCCUUCCUUUCAAAUAACAGUGGGCUGCUUUGCAGAACAGGUGUAGCCCACACUUUUUCAGCCAGAGCCCUGCUUCUACAACUUAGAUAUAAUAAUGCUAAGUUUCAUCUGUACACAUCUUUAGAAUUUUUUCAUGUUUAUAAACCCAGAAAAAAACAGUAAGACUUGACAUACAAAGAUCUUGAUUUCCAUUCUUUAUAUUUUUUUCAUAAAUAUGCUACUCCCCAAACUUGGCUACACUAAACUCCUGCAUAUCUAAAUCGUUUUUAAUGAGACUGCAAUUAUUUCUAACAGGGAGGACCCUAAACAACCUGACUGCACCCAGAGAGGGCGUAUGUUGAUCACUGCUAUGACCGCAUUCAUUAAGUAAAAACACUAAAAGGUUGGUCCCUCGCUAGUUUCUAACAAUAGGAAUAGGCUAAGCAGUGGCUGCACCUUUUGCGUUGUGUCUCAGAUUUUACAAGGGCUAAAGGCUUGCUUUUAAAAAAUGGAAUCUGGGGAAUAUGGAACAACUGCACUGGCUUGAGCCUUCUAGGAUACAUCCAUAUUGCUGGGCUGGUCUCCCCUGCCGAGUCAGUAAUUCUGCCAUUCACCUGCUUCUCCCAUUGACUGAAUGGGAGCUAGUCACACCGUUUUAAAGCUGCUUUUUGUAAGUCCUUUGCUGCUGCACUACACUUCUAUGCCCACUCCUGCUCUGUUCUCCAGAAUUGCUUUCUGCAAAUUGCAAACGAAGAGCUGUCUCCAUUUUUGGUUUGUUCUUUGGCUUCACCUUCCCCUGCCUUAUCUCAGACAGAAAAGAGCCCAAAGCAGUCCACUGCCUUGGGACAAGUUUAAAACAACAACAACAAACAAAACAGAACAGGCAGUUCUGAAAGGAGGGAAAGUAUCUGGAAUAGAUUUCAGUGGAAGGAAACACUUUUGUUGAUCUGCCCCAGUCCACUUCUGGCCAAGGCUUUUAUUGUGUGGUCAUAAGCGACAGCUGGUGGGACAGACAGAAGCACAGGAACCAAGGGGCUGCAGUAGACAAAGGCAACUAGUGCACGAGUUCCGAGCAGAGGAUGUGGGGGAAGAGGCUGUCUCUGACCCAUUCAAAAGUGCUAAAGCCUUCCUUCGAGUUCCACCUGACUGCCCUUUCUGUGCAGUGGGUUGCUGCUACAGCAAAGCAAGAUAAGCAAAGCAAGUUUACUUUAACAACAGGAAUGGGACAUAGAAGGUUUGGGAGGGGGAUUUCUCUUGCAUGGGAGUACAACCAAAGGACUUCUCUCUGAACCCACAUUUGGCUGCUACAUCAGCACAGAAUAGAAAAAAAGAUUUUUUUUUAAAGAAUAGGAAUAAAGUGGAGGAAAGAUAGGCAAAGGAUUUGGGCUUCCCGGGUCCCUGAUGCACAUAUCACAACUGCUCCCUUAAGCCACCAGCCCAACCAUUGAAAAAAUUUGUAAUAAAAAGUAACUAGCAUAGCAGCCUCCCUCAAACAGUGCCUAUUUAGUAGCGGUGGCUCGCUUCUUGGGCUCAGUGCAAGAAGUGCACUGGCCUUCCCUGUGCUUCCACAUUUAAUCCUUCCCGCCCCCCGCCCCCCACAUACUGCUGUCCUGCACAUCGUUAGUGGCCAGAAUGAGAGGAAUAAUAAGAGGCUAAAGGUGCAAUUGUAUGGUGUCCUGACAUCUUUUGGAAGUCCAUAGGAUUUUUGGGUGGCCCUGCAGUGGGGACUUCCUACCUUGGUGCUUGGCCUCCCAUCCCACCUGCAUGUAGCUGGUUGUUCAACCUUACAAGGGUUGCUUACAAGGUUGUUCAGAGGCUUAUGAGAAAUUGCUGUGAAGGUGGUAAGCCUGCACUGUGUAUGUCUAUACGGUGGUUUCCCAAAGGUGUCUGGGCUGUGGGCAAGGGGAGUGUUUCUUCAGCACUGUGUCUUCCAUGCCUCUCAGCAUAGCCCUGCUGCAGACUGACUGGUCUCAAUUGGCGAUUAUCCUGCCUUAUUCACGGGACCCAGGCAAUCUAGUUUUCUAUUUGUAGAACUCCAGUGACUUUCAACCACUUCUAUCUUAUUAUCAAAGCUUUAGUUAAGGAGGAAAACAUGGAACAGUUUCACCAUCUUUCUCAAGCAUUUCUGGCCUGGAAAACAGAUUCCUGCUGGGUUGUGUCUAGAUAUGUAUUAAGUCUACUUACUGAGGAGAGAGCCUUCUUAAGGCAAGGGAGUUUGUACAGUUUUUUUUAAAAAAAUUUCUGGACAAGAGUUAUGAAAAACCAGAACUGGUUCUUUUGGUAAUAAAAGCUGUGUUCUUAAUUGUGUAUACUAUACCUGUGUUUGGGACAGUUAGUCUUUAAAAACAAGAAGUGCAAAGAAAUGGGAGCUGGGGGAUUUCUGCUAUCAUUCUUGAAAUCCAUCUCCUGGGCUCUUGCAAUGUUUGAGUAGGGAUAACAUCAUAUUUGCUCAGUGAAAAAGCACUCUUUCUGUGCUCAGAGGAACUUCUGGUAUAUUUCUGCAGGCUAGAAAAAAAUAUGAUUUGUCUACUGACCUCACUCACAAUAUUUAGAACCUUGCUUUUAGCAGUUUUGUUAUUUUCAUUGAUUUAAUUUCUGUUUGGUGACUGUGCUAGUAGAGGUAAGAGCGAAAACCGAUUCUGUGAUACUGUCAGUGUAUUUUUAUUACUGUUCUGCUUCUCCACAUAUUUGUUAGAAUAACUGAAUUUUUAGGCUAGCAUAACCAGUUUAAUAUGCAGUGGGUUUUUAAAAAUUCUACUCUGUGGAUUAUGUUAUAAACACUACAUAAAACUCAUUAAAAAAAAAUCAGAUGACAACUUGAAUAAAAGGGUUCCGAUUGACCAACAUGUUUCUUGUUUUAAUCACAGUAUAUGGAAUUUGAAUGUAUUAUGUUAUCUUCAUUUUAUACCUGUGUAAUUUAUUGCCUUAAACAAAGUAUUUAAGUGGUUCUACUGAAUCCUUUGCUUAUUUUCAGCAGUCAGUAUUCUUGUAACAAUUAGGACAGACUGAUAAGAGUUGUAAAUAAUACCUGUGAAAAGCAACUUAAAUAUCUUUACUGGUGCAUCUGCAAGGCUUUUUUUUAAAUGUAUACCUUUGGGCAAAUGCAUUUUUACUACUGGAGUCAAUAAAAUUUUCUAU